AUGGAUAUCAUCGGGAAUAUCCACCCGCCAUCUUCCAGACGCCAGUCGUUCAUAUUGGUGGCCACGGAUUAUUUCACAAAGUGGGUAGAAGCUGUGCUGUUGGCUAAUAUGACGUAUCAGGAGGUGAUCAAGUUCGUUAAAGAGCACAUUAUUCACCGAUAUGGAAUCCCACAGACGAUCACCGCCGAUCAAGGUACUGUUUUACCAGCGAUAGAGUGGCCGCCUUCGCCGCACAGUAUGGGAUCGCUCUUUUGCAUUCGUCCCUGUAUUAUGCGCAGACAAGAAGCGAUAUUGCCGUUGGAAAUCACGGUGCCAUCGCUACGAGUGUUGAAGCAGAAUUCGCUUAGUCCCGAACAGUACGAUACAACGAUGUUACAAAGAUUGGAUGACGUACACGAGGACCAGAUGAUGGCUCUGGAAAAUAUUAGGGCAAAUAAAGUGAAAGAGGCGCGAGCCUACAACAAGAAGAUACGUCGGCGAACAUUCCGAGAAGGAGAUUUGGUAUGGAAGGCGGUGCUACCCGAAGGAUGCAAAGACAAUACAUUCGGGAAAUGGUCUCCUAGAUGGGAAGGUCCGUAUCAAGUGAGUAAAGUGUUACCUAACGAUGCUUAUAGAUUGAUGAAUAUUGAUGGGACAGAACAUAGAAACGUUAUCAAUGCUAAGCACCUUAAGGGAUACAUGUCGCCACUCGAGCUCGGGUAA